AUGGCAACAGAUCUCCCCCUCCGAGCCCGUCACCUCUACCGCGCUCUUCUCCGCGAACUCCCCCGUCGACACAUCUCACUCUCGUCAUCCACACCCUCAAAUGCAUUAAAACGACGCUUCCGCACACAAUUCGAACAAUCAUCCUCGCCGACAUUAUCAUCAAUCCAACAAGCGGAACAAUUCGUGCAAUACGCAAAAGCGCAGAGAAUGUAUGCUACAUUGGUGGCGAGAUAUAACCCGGGCAUGGAUAUGGAUCAGGAAGAGAGAGUGAGAUUGACGGCGAGGAGGGUGGGGAUGGAUCUGCCCAUUGAAAAUGGUUUUCAGACGUCGAAGGAGGAGGAGAUACUUGAGAGAACGAAGAAUGAGGAGGGUGAAGCUCGGUAG